CUCCGCGCAGAGAGGAACCUCAGUACAGAAACUUAUCUUGUAAAUCAUGGCUCAACCCGGAGAUGUUCUGCCAACCUACGACAUGUCUGAUUCCCAGACCUCAAAGCUCAUAAGGAAGUCAAAGGAGUCUCCAUUUGUGCCAAUAGGAAUGGCCGGAUUCGCUGCAGUGGUAGCCUUUGGGCUAUUCAAACUGAAGAGCAGAGGGAACACCAAGAUGUCUGUCCAUCUGAUUCACAUGCGUGUUGCAGCCCAGGGAUUCGUUGUAGGAGCCAUGACAUGUGGUGUCCUUUACUCCAUGUAUAAGGAGUACUUGGCCAAGCCAUCGGAGCAUUGAGGAAUCAUGUCUGUCCAGACUUCACAGAUAUUGGAUAAACCCCAUAUUGGGGCUGUGUUUUAUUUUCUUCAUGUUGCAUAUCCCACCUUCUCUGUUAAAUGGUCUACCUGCAGUGUAUUGUGGGACCCCACAGGUGAACCAUAAGAUUUCUUUCUUUUUUUUAUUGAAUCCAGCUCUGUAGUUUAAACAGUGAACUAACAAACUAGGGAUGCACCGAAUCCAUCAUUUUGGAUUCGGCCGAACCCCCAAAUUCGACGAAUACCGAACCAAAUCCUUAUUUGCAUAUGCAAAUUAGGGGUGGAAGGCGAAAAAAAUUUUACUUCCUUAUUUUGUGCCAAAAAGUCAAGCGAUUUCCUUCCCUGCCCCUAAUUUGCAUAUGUAAAUUGGGGUUUGGAUUUGGUUCAGCCAGGCAGAAGGAUUCGGCCGAAUCCUUCUGAAAAAGACCGAAUCCCGAACCGAAGACUUACUGGACCUUAAGCUUCUAUGUACUGUCUAGGAACUGUAUUUAUUUUAAGUGUCUGUAAAUACAAUUUUAGGUUGAUGUUCUUACAGUGAUGCAGUUGGUUGUGAGAUCGUCCAAUCGCUGAUUAAUAUCGGUUGUGUUCUGUUGACGCAUUACUCCUCCCCAUAUAAACCACCUAGAAAUCCCCCUCCACCGAUGUUUUUUAUUUCCCACAAAUAUUGGUACAGAAACAUGGGUUUUUGUGAUAUUAAAAAUAUAUCUAUUCUGCUAAA